CAGUCCGCCGGCGCAGCGCGAGCUGCGCGCGUGAGACACAGCAGAGCUCGAGCCCUCAGUCCCGCCCUCUUCUCUUCUCAUGAAACGAAACUUCGCGAGUAGCGAAACCGGCCGCCGUUAGCGCAGCGAGGCUGCUCCGCGCUGGACGUUAUCGCGAGUGUGAGUGCGCUGCUCGGAGCGUGAGGGGCGGCCAAACACCUGAGAAGGAUGAAGUGUCCAAGUUGUGGUCAUGCUGCUGCGGAGGAGUCAGCAAGGUUCUGCAGUCAGUGUGGGGCUAAGCUGAUAACUCAGUCUUCAGCAGAAACGCAAGGACACACUGCUCAGUCUACAGUCAUUCCACUGGGCACCAGUUCAGAAAUGACUGAAACAAACGCAGACUCCUUGACUUUGGAUAAUAAGGAAAAAGCUGUGUCUCCCAAAAGGCCAAAUGAUGACAACAGUCCGAACCCCCAAAAAAAGAGAAAGAAGAAGAGGAAGAGCAAAAAGAAAGUGCCUAAUGUGGAGGAGAGUUUAUCUUUGACCUCAGACCUCUCUGACAUUUCUCUGACUGAUAAAACAACAGAAACAAAGCAGGAUGAAGUCAUGUCCUCUGGCAGUGAGGAAUCGGCAAGCGCUGUGGACGAGAUGCCCAGUUCACUUUCAGACACUGUUGCCCAGUUGGAAAAGUCCUCUGCCCUCAGUCCUUCAGAAGGAAAAACAGAUGGCCACACAGAACUUGUUGGACCUCAAGAAGGUCUUAACAAGAACAAGACUUCAAAAGGGCAAAGCGAGAAGAGUUGUCUUCACCCUGAAGUAAUGAAGGGUCAGCUGUCUACUCAAGAACCUUCUCAGGAAGGUCUCAGGAAGGACCAGACUUCUGCAGAGCAGCUCAAGAAGAGUCAUACUGACCCUGGAACAGUGAAAGACCAAAGCUCUCCAUCUACACAGAACACUGACGCAGACAUGGACAGCAAUAGCACGUUCAGCACAUGUCCAUCAGCGUCAGAAGAGUCAGAUCAGACGAGUGACCAAAAGAAAUGUGAGUCUAAAAGCCCAAAGGUCCAGAAGGACACAUCUAACAAAGUGCAAGUCACGCUGGACCAGAACGCCAAUGUGGCUCAGAAUGCAAAUGUUAGAAGUAGUGAAAGAAAGCAAACUCAGAAAACUCGAACCCAGACACAGGAAAGCAAGAAAGCUCCUGCUGGAAAUAGUGGAAUGGUGUUUGGACCACAGGAAAGCAGGAAAGAGGUGAAGGACAUAGGCUCCAGUGUAGAUUCAGAAGUGCAAGUGGAGCCUAGUCAACGUCAGCAGUCGGCUCAUGGGAAGGGAGAUGCUUCGACUGGCACCAAAAGUGCGCAGUCAAAAGGAAAUGGAGAGACGGAGGCCAGGAAAGCCGUUCCUCCUCCACAAAGACUUCGCUCAUCAACUCAGCAGAUUUCCUCAAGUGAGAGACUCACCAUCUACUUUCAUGCUGUCUUAUCCAAGGAUUUUAAGUUUGACCCAAACGAAGACCACAUAUUUAUAAGGGCAGGCCAUGUCAUUGGCGACUGGGAAGCCAAUUUGGUAGAGCUAUCCGUAUCACGGGAUCUCAGUGAGCAUGGAUUUCUUGUAGAAGGGACUUUCGUGACCACUAAGAAAAGGGCAGAAGCUGUGUCCAUACCCUACAAGUAUGUUGUAUACAGGAAAAAGAAGGACAGAUAUGAGUUUGAGUACAUCUAUAAACUGGACUCGAGUGAAACUACUAACAGAUGUCUUUUUGUUAAGGCAAAUCUGCUUAAUGAACAAGGAGAAUGGCAUCAGUAUGAUGAUAUCAUCUGUGUGGAACCAUCAAAGAGUGUGUAUAAAAGACUAAAGGAUGCCAUUUGGCCUGAGCAGAGAAAAAGUGUAAUCCAGGGGAGAGAGAUUGCAGGAAGGAUCAUGCUGGAAACGAUUUUUGACCUCCUCACAAGCUGGAGCGAGAUCAACCUCAAAAGCUUUUUCAACCAGCUCAAACAGUUUCACCAGGUCUACGGAAACCCUUUUGUCUUUGAAGAGACAUAUAAAAAGUGGUACUCUUUGAAUUAUACUGAAGAAGAUGUGAGCAAGCUCCUGAAGCACUUUAUGAUAGAAAGAGUGAUUCCAGCGCUGCAGAAGGACAGCACUGGGAAAAGUGCCUACAUUAAGGAAGCUCUGAAUGCUUCCAUCAUCAUGCUGUGUGUGUGGAAGCAGUACAAACUUAAGCUUGACCGAGGGGAACUUGUCCGUCUCUGCAGCGCCCUCUGCCUGCCAAAACUGCCUAAAGACGAGUUCCUCGCCUUCUGGUCAACCAUAGGAGAGUCGUUUUCGUGCCUGAAAAAUCUGGCUGACAUGUUACUGGAACUGAUGAAUACAGUGAAGUCAGAUGGGAUGAUGCGAUGGAUCAUUGUGAUUCCGCUGUGGCAUCUUCUCAAGGGAACAUCAAAACCAUUUGAGCCUGUUUCACUCACAGUCCACCCAACGAACGAACAGGCAUGGGCUGGAGUACAAGGACUGAAAUUAGGCAGUUCAAACUCACUUGUCUCACAAGACAGAAGAGCCAUGCUGAAUCUCAUGAAAGACAAUCUUCACCUGGUGGAGGUCGACAGGUUGCUGGCUCGGUCGUGGAUGCAUCUGAUGACUGUCAGUGAGUUGGUGGAGUGCAGCACCAACAUUCAUGUGGAGCUUUUGGACAUGUUGCAGGUGUUCAUUCUGAAAGCUCCUGCUGAAUUCUCCUACAGUGAUUCCACAUCUGUGUCAGAUACUUUGAGUUUCAUUCAGAGCCAGCUUCUUCAACAAAGAUACAGCUGCUUCUCUGAUGAUUAUGGAAGAGACUGUUUAGCAGCAGCCGUAAAACUUCUGGAGAAGAUAUGCAAAGCAGCCAAAACGUCGUACUCCCAGAAUGCCACUGACAUUCCAGUUGCUUGCCUGAAUCUUGUGGUUUCGGUUUCAGACUUUUCCAACUCUCUCCAUGCACAGGAUGACCAGGAUGGCAGAUCUCUAAAUGCUAAGGGCCUUGAGCUUUUGUCACUGGCAAUGAAAACGAUCAGAUCUUGGUUAGGACAAGUUUUUAAGGGGAGACUUUUAAACAGCUUGACAUUGAGUUCCAGCUUCACUCCAGAGAUUGAGACCUGGAACAACAUUAUCGCCUUAAGUUUUCAGUGUGAGGAGUUUACAGUGGAGUGGAGGGACACUUUUACCAGAGACUUUGAGGGGAAAUUUCAAAAGGAAAGCGCUUUGGACCAGGUUGAAGUCUACUGUGGCAAGAUUGAGGAGCUUAACAACACCCUUCCUUAUGUGGCAAAAAGCGUGGAGAAGUGUGCUCUCCAAGCUGUCAGCUAUAUGUGCCAGGCCAAGACUGAGGCUAGACUCUUUGAAAGAGUUAGAAUUAACUGGAAGUUUGGAAAGCUGAUAUCGGCAAUCAUACAGAAGUCUUGGCCAAGAAAUGAGAGUGGAGCCUACAAGGACGAGGAAGAGGUGGUCCUCCAGCACCUUCUCAACUGGACAGCAGCCAAGAAUAUCUUUCAGCUUCACGGUGCUGAUGAAAAACUGAUCAAUGAACUCUCCGAUGAGGCAAAAGAGAGACUUGCUGUGGCAACGUCAUUAUUUACAGAUAUUUCGCGUCAGCUCAUCACGGGAAACAUAAGAGUAAAAGUCCUUAAUCACAUCUUGAGCAAGAAGAAUACUUUUAUAGAGCUGAUAAAAAUAGACUCUCUAUGUGAAAACGAGCAAUGCAGAGACGUCAAUGCCAUGAAAAGGCUUCUCCAGUUGCGACAGGAGGAGGUAAAAGCCAUAUAUCAUGACAGCGAGCUGGUUAAGGGAUUUGUCGCAAUGUGCCAGAAACUUCAGGAGCAUGUAACAGUUGAUCUCGAAGGCCUGGAAGUAAAGCACCAGAUUGACAUUGAUGAGAUGAAGCUGAAUAUGUUCAUGGAGAUUCACCCAUUUAACCAAAUCUCAUCCCUAAUGGCAGGCAUAGUCACAUACUUUGACCUUGAUGAUGAUGUUCGAUCCAUGGCUGAGGUCUUACACACAUAUAAAGAGAGCUAUAUUUUCAAGAUGUGCUGGGAGAAUCAGGCUAAGGACUUUGCCAUGAAGAGUGAUGAUGAGAGCUCAGCUUUGAGUGAAGUGCCUGACUUGUUGGCUACACCUGAUGUGAUUUACUUUGAUAUAUUUCAGCCAUGCUACAGUAAAUACCAGAAGAUACAUGCAAGCUUAAAAAAUGGCAGCAUGACCUUUGAAGAAGUCGAUGUGAUAUUUAGGGACUACAGGGGAAAAUAUGAAGAACUUGCUGAGGAUGUUGCAAUUAUGUGCAAACUGGAGUCAACAGAUGACAAGCGGUGGAUCCCAAGAAGGAUUCAACAGAUUGAGCAGUACCAUGAGCUUCAUCUGGCAGUGGAGUCUGCUCAGGUAGUCAUGAUGGUGAAGCAGACACUGUGCCUUCAAGGAGACUUCCAAGUGCUCGAGAAGCUGCUUGUAGUGACACAGUUGGACUUCAAGAAGGAGCCACUUGAUAGUAUUGACAAUGAGCUAAUGCAGGCCAAAACUGUGCUUGUGGACAUCACUGAGCCUCGUAGACUCUGCCUCCAGGAGCUGGGCCUAAGAAAGAACUUUGUUAUGUGGGUCAAAGAGGCACUUGAAGAUAUCAAUGAAUUGAAGGUAUUUGUUGACCUGGCUUCCAUCUCUGCGGGAGAAAAUGAUCUAGAUGUCGACCGCGUAGCCUGCUUUCACGACGCUGUUCUUGGCUACUCCUCAGUGUUGUAUGAGCUAAAGCCAGAUGCUGGCUUCACAGUCUUUAAAGAGGUGCUAAAGAAGCUUUGGAAGGCACUUGAUAAUGACUCCAACCUGCCGAAGAAACUGCGUGACACUGCAAGACACUUGGAAUGGCUGAAGACCGUUAAGGACAGUCAUGGAUCUGUGGAACUAUCAUCUCUGUCCUUGGCAUCAGCUAUCAACACAAAAGGAAUCUAUGUUAUCAGUGCAGAAAAUCAAAAGAAGUUGAGUCUGGAUAAAGUCCUGAAACUACAGAUUCCAGAGAUGCAUGAUGAAGGCCUUGAGAUGCGAUGUUACUCGCUUGAGGACCUCAGGGAACUUCAGAAUAAAUUGAUGCUGAUGUCUGGCAAGGGAGAUCAAGGCCAGAAUGAGGUUGAUCAGUUUGCAGAGGUUUUUGCUGGUGUGCAGAGAUUGGCAUCUGCAUUUAUUGAUUUGUUUGUGGCUGGAAACCCAUUGUUCAGACAUUGGGAGGCAAAUAUCAACUGUAAUAGUGAGGAAGCUUGCAUUGUCAUGGACUUCAACUUGGGAAAUGUUGUGAAUGUUGUCAUGAUGAAGGGUGAUGUGGCAGAGCAACUUUCAGAAGUCUGUAAGAAAAUUGAGAAAUGUUUGAGCUUGUGGAUGUAUUUCAUGGACAAGCAGAGGUCUCAGCAUUACUACCUUAACUACUUUACAGCAGAGCAGAUAGUGUAUCUGUGCAGUCAGCUUACUCAGAAAAACUUGACAAAUCUGGAAGAUCAAGCUCUCAUGCUGCUCUCCUUUAUCAAGCCUAACUGCACUGCCUUUGAUUUGAGGCAGACUUGGCAUGUUCUUCAGUAUGAGAUGCUUAAGAAGCCUCCUGAGCAAAAUGAAGACCUGGAUUUUCAAACCUUUGUUGAAGUUCCUAGUAUGUUUGAAAGUGACAUGGAUAUUGGAGAUGUCUGUUCCCCCGAUGAACUUCCAGAUCAUUUUGAUCCAGAAAGAGAGGGUAGAAGACUUGACACAAUUUGGAAUGAAUACAUGAAGAACAUGAAGAAUUUCCUCCCUAGCUCUCUUGAUGUGAGAAACUUGGGAAGACUUCUUGAAAUUUUGGCUAAUAGUCCCAGUGCAACUGAGGAUGAUGCUGAGGAUGAUGCUGAGGAUCUGCAGAAUCAGGAAAAUAUACAGAGAGAGCUUCCUAUAGGACUGGCUGCUGGAAAACCGAAUCUCAUUGUCUGCCCUUCCACAGAGAUUCUGACUUCUUGCAUCUCCAUUUACAUGAGCAGUGAAGAUGAGCCACUUCCAACAUAUGAUGAAGUGCUCCUAUGUGGACCUUCCACCCCAUAUGAGCAAGUGGAACUGUUCCUUAGGCGUUGUCUUACAGCUGGCUAUAAAGGAGAGAAGAUAUACACAAUGCUGUAUAUUGAUCAGCUAACGUAUGAAGUGAGCUACAAAGUGGAACAGUUUUUCCAGCGUCACAAGACUCAAAGCAGAAAUGACUACAGACUGGUGUUGAUCUGUAGUUCAGAUCGUGAGCAUACGUAUCUUCCAUCCGUCUUCAGUCAGUUCAGGUUGCACAUGGUGCCACAGGAACCCUUAAGCAGAAUUCAGAGAUACCUUGCCAAGCACUACACAGUCCCAAGUGACCAGUCCAGUGCUGCUGCUGUUUUUAAAAACAGGAAAAGUGUGGGCAUCGUGUCUUCAAGAAGAGCAGGUGUUGGCAAAUCACUUUACAUCCAUCGGAUGUAUGAGAAGCUGAAAAAGAUCACCAAGAGGUCCACACAUCUCAAAUGUGUCCGGCUGAUAGAGCCCAGAGUAGAUGAAAAUGCAGUUCUCCAGUCAAUGCUCAACAGCCCUAAGAAGGGCCUAAGAGUCUUUCAUUUUGAUGUCACAUCCUCGGUGCAGAAAGGCCUCCAUGAAUUUCUGUUCAGGCUGCUGAUCUUGGGUUAUCUCUUGGAUUCAGAAGGAAGAAUGUGGAAACGCAGCAGUCGGCACUUAUAUAUAAUUGAGAUCCUUUUGUCUGAUAGAAAUGGAUGUAAUAUUGUUCCAAGAGCUGGAUUGAAUGGAAAGUCUGGCUUCCUGAAUGUGUUUCCGAGUGUCCACUGCCGAGCUCCUAAAGAGGUUCUUGAGCUAGAGAUGAGGCUGCAAGAAGACUCAUCCAUAGCUGUGGGUGAUGAUCCCCUAAUGGAUGAUCAGGAAUUCAGAAGUGAGGCUUAUCAGCGCCCAUACCAGUAUCUAAAACGAUUCCACAGCAGCAGCAACUUGGAUGGCUUCAUGUAUAAUGGAAUUGAAGGAUCUCACGUGGAAUGCCUACAGUUGCUGUUCCUGUACUGUGGUGUGAUUGACCCAUCCUGGGCAGAGUUGCGGAAUUUUACAUGGUUCCUGAACUUACAGCUGCGAGACUGUGAGACGUCCGUUUUCUGUGAUGCCUCUUUUACAGGAGACACUUUGCAAGGAUUCAAAAACUUUGUGGUUAAUUUCAUGAUACUCAUGGCUAAGGAUUUUGCCACACCCUCUCUGAGCAUCUCUGACCAGAGCCCUGGGAGGCUACAGAUGGACCUUUCUGGCGUUAGUGAGGAAGACCUUGCUCCAUUCAAAAUCAGGAAGCGAUGGGAAUCAGAGCCUCAUCCUUAUAUCUUCUUCAAUGAUGACCAUGUGUCCAUGACCUUCAUUGGUUUUCAUUUACAGCUGAAUGAACAGAAUUUGGUAGAUGCCAUUGAUCCAUCAACAAAAAUGGUGAUAAAGAGAAACAUCAUGACCAGAGAAUUGUAUGAGGGCCUUAAGCUCCAGAGGGUUCCUUUCAAUAUAGAUUUUGAUAAGCUCCCAAGAGGAGAGAAAAUUGAGCGAAUCUGCCGUGUUCUGGGAAUUCAGUGGCCUCUUGACCCUGAUGAAAGUUAUGAGCUCACUACUGACAACAUACUCAAGAUUCUUGCAAUUCAUAUGCGCUUUAGGUGUGGGAUUCCUGUCAUUAUCAUGGGUGAGACAGGGUGUGGGAAGACCAGGCUCAUCAAAUUCAUGUGUGAGCUUCAAAGGAGUGGAGUUGCCACAGAGAAUAUGAAAUUAGUCAAAGUUCAUGGAGGAACAAAUUCUGAGAUGAUUUACACCAAAGUGAAAGAGGCAGAGGCCAUGGCCUACACAAACAAGCAGUAUUACGGCUUUGACUCUGUGUUGUUCUUUGAUGAGGCAAAUACAACAGAGGCCAUCAGCAGCAUCAAAGAAGUUAUCUGUGAUAAGACAGUGGAGGGAGAAUCCAUGAUGAAGCACUCUGGCUUACAGAUUAUUGCUGCUUGUAAUCCGUACAGAAAACACACAGAUGUAAUGAUUAAGAGGCUAGAGUCAGCUGGUUUGGGAUACAGAGUGCGAGCUGAAGAAACAGACGAGAAGCUUGGGUCCAUUCCUCUCCGCCAGCUUGUGUACAGAGUGCAGGCUUUGCCUCCUAGCAUGAUUCCCUUAGUGUGGGACUUUGGACAACUCAAUGACCACACUGAGAAAAUGUAUAUCCAGCAAAUAGUCGAAAGAGUGGUUGAAAGCCACUCCUUUGAUGAGGACUACAUCAGGACCAUUACAGAUGUCUUGUCAGCUUCUCAGAAGUACAUGAGGACAAGAAAGGAUGAAUGCAGUUUUGUAAGCUUGAGGGAUGUUGAGCGAUGCAUGCAAGUGUUUGCAUGGUUCUACCAAAAUAAUGAAAUGUUGCUUACAGAACUUGCCAGGUAUGAGAUUGGUCAGAGGCCACAGAGGAAUGAAGAAAGUCACAAGGACAUUGAUGAAAGAAACCCUAUUUUGUGGUCAUUGGUGAUGGCUGUUGGUGUGUGCUAUCAUGCCUGCUUGGAAGACAAAGAGAAAUACAGACGCAAGAUCUGCAAAUGCUUAAAUGAAACAUAUAACUCGGUGAAGUUAAUGCAGGAGAUCUCAGUUAUGCAAGAUUUUCUUCUAAGUGGAGUUCCACUGGGUGAAACUAUUGCAAGAAACAAUGCUUUGAAAGAAAAUGUCUUCAUGAUGGUGAUUUGCAUUGAGUUGCGUAUCCCCCUAUUCUUGGUUGGGAAACCUGGAAGCUCCAAGUCUCUGUCUAAAACGCUGGUCGCAGAUGCCAUGCAGGGCCAAGCAGCCCAUUCUGAGUUGUAUAGGAAACUGAAACAGAUUCAUUUGGUAUCAUUUCAAUGCAGUCCUCAUUCCACCCCAGAUGGUAUAAUUAACACAUUCAAGCAGUGUGCCCGUUUCCAGGAGGGCAAGAAUCUAAAUGAGUAUAUCUCAGUGGUGGUGUUGGAUGAGAUUGGUCUAGCUGAGGAUUCUCCAAAAAUGCCCCUGAAAACCCUCCAUCCUUUGCUUGAAGAAGGAUGCAUAGAUGAUCAGCCACUGCCACAUAAGAAAGUUGGAUUCAUUGGUAUAUCCAACUGGGCUUUGGACCCAGCAAAGAUGAACAGAGGAAUAUUUGUUUCCCGUGGUGAUCCUGAUGAGAAGGAGUUAAUUGAAAGUGCCAAAGGCAUUUGCUCUUCUGACGCAAUGAUUCUUGACAAGGUUAGAGAUUUCUUUCAGCCUUUUGCCCGAGCUUACCUCAAUAUCUGCAAGAAACAAGGAAAAGGGUUUUUUGGUUUGCGUGACUACUACAGCUUGAUCAAGAUGAUGUUUGCGAUCGCCAAGGCCUCUGAACAAAAGCCCAGUGCAGAGCAGAUUGUGGAAGCUGUUUUGAGAAACUUCAGUGGCAAAGACAACGUUGAUGCCGUCACUGUUUUCACCAACAGGCUUAAUCUCAAACCCAACCUUGAAAGUAUCAGUGCCAUUGAGCUUGUGAGACAAAACAUUACAGCCAUUGGUCAAGAUGAGGAGUGCAGAUACCUACUCGUCCUGACUAAAAAUUAUGCGGCUCUACAAAUUCUUCAACAAACGUUCUUUUCUGAGCAAUACCAACCCGAAAUCAUCUUUGGCUCAAGUUUCCCAAAGGACCAGGAAUACACCCAGAUUUGCCGCAACAUUAAUCGUGUGAAGAUAUGCAUGGAGACUGGUCAAACCAUUGUGCUUCUGAAUCUGCAGAACCUGUAUGAAAGCUUGUAUGAUGCACUCAAUCAGUACUAUGUUUGCCUUGGAGGUCAGAAGUAUGUGGAUUUGGGGCUUGGAACUCAUCGUGUCAAGUGCAGAGUGCACAAAGAUUUCAGGCUCAUAGUCAUUGAAGAGAAGGAAGUUGUCUACAAGCAGUUUCCCAUUCCUCUGAUUAACAGGCUGGAGAAACAUUACCUGGACAUCAAUACAGUGUUAAAGAAUGAACAAAAGCAACUGGUCACAGAGCUUAAGAAAUGGGUUUCUCAGUUCAUUGCUCUUCAGAAGGACCGUUCAGUUGGUUCCCAGGCACAGAAGUACGACCCAGCUGAUGUUUUCAUUGGUUAUCACUCUGAUACUUGUGCCUCAGUCCUUCUGCAAGUUACAGAGAAACAGAAAAGUGAGAUGGAACUGUCUAGCCCAGGCAGACACGUAUUGGAUGAGGCCAAACUCAUCCUGCUGAACUGUGCUACACCAGAUGCAGUGGUUCGCCUAGAUAGCACAGCUCUUUCCCAAGUGGAAAGUGAACAUCUAGCAAGAAUGUACUUCGAAGACCAGAAGCACAGCUCCCUGGCUGACUUUGUCUUUUGUCACACAAAACAAGAAGAGUGGAGCCAGUCUUGUUUCACUGAGGUGACUACCUUCUCCAGACUUCUGACAGUAGCAGACAUCAGACAGCUCCAGGAAGUAGUUCCAAACGUUGAGCUUCUUGCGCUGCAGCAAUUUGACACAGAGCAUUCCUUCCUGAAAAAGAUCAGGAACUUUAUAGACAGUACCACUGGAGACAAAAUACUGAUUAUUCAGACUGAUUUUGAUGAAGACUUACAAAGCUCCAAUCUCAUUGCAUCUGCAAAGUAUUCCACCAUCAAUGAAAUCAACAAGGUUAGGAAUGAGGAGGACAGCAGAAUGUUUGUGUACUUCAUCACCAAACUUCCAAGAAUAGAAGGCGGAACCUCUUAUGUUGGUUUUCAUGGAGGUCCUUGGAAGUCAGUCCACAUUGAUGACCUCAGAAGAUCAAAAGAUAUCGUCUCUGAUAUUAAAGCCUUGCAGUGUCUUACCAUCAGCCAGCUGUUUGAGGAAAAGCCUGAGGCUAUGGAGACAGAGGACAUGAAUGCAGAAGCAGAGCAAAUGGACCAAGAGGACAGAACUAGCUGGGAGAAUGCCUUGGACACCACAGGGCUGGUGCGAAGCUGUGUUCAGAACGCAGUGGGCAUGCUAAGAGACCAGGGAGAGGCUGGCUGUCGCAGCACCAGGAGAGUAGAGAUUCUGUUAACUCUCCUUACUGAUGGGCAGGAACUUCAAGCUGCAUUUCUGAAAACUGUGAAGUCACGUCUUCAUUUUUUGUUGAAAACCCAUGAGGAGCACUCUGUCUCAAAUAAGAACUGGGUUUUCAAGGAGGCAUCCAAUAUUGAUGCGCUACAAGAGGGUGGGACAUUCAGGCAUACACUAUGGAAGCGAGUUCAAGCUGCAGUUAUUCCCUUCCUGGCUCAAAUGAUCUCAGUUAUUGACCGUGACCGCAAUCUCGACCUCUUACUGGAUGCAAACUCGGGUGAAUCAGUGAAGAAACUGUGGUUGGACAUGUUUGGAAAUGUCAAGUUAUUGCAAAUUCCAUACACAAGAGUGGAUCCAAAUUCCGUGACGAAGACAUUUCUGGUCCAGAACUACGUUGUUCGAGAUAGGGAUAUGGGCUGCAUAAUGCCGUUCAGCUGGAGAAUCAAAGAUUAUUUAGAGGAACUUUGGGUACAUGCUUUGCAUCGAGAGGGUCACUCACAGAAGCAGUUUGAUGAGUUCUUUUGGAAGACACCGUUGGGAAGGUACAUUGCAGGAGCAGAGGAAGAAGUUCAGAUGGAGUUUUUCCACCGGUAUCUUCAAGAUUUCAUCUGUUUGACCAUGAAUGUAGGAUCAGAGGUGGAACUGCAGCUCCUGUCUGGGGCCCUUCAAUGCUGCGUUAAUGAACUGAGAGGCCGCCAGGAUUCAGUACAAAAUGAGGUGAAGUCUUUGCCUUGGGUCCAUGCUGCCUACCAUGAGUUUAAAAACCGUCUACAAAAUCUCUUCAGAAUGAUCACCAUUGAGCCCCAAAUUGCUCAGGUGCUUAUGGACAACAGACAAUCCAGAGAAGGCAUGGAAAUGGUGCUGGAUGUAUAUGCUGCUAUGGCCUGUGUUGAGUAUCUGGAACCACAGGCUCCGGAUGCAUUUACUCAAAGUAUGGCAUGGCUGCGACAGGUGAAGAAAUUGCAGGUACCCAUUGAGUUGGUCUGCUCAGAGGAAAGCCUGCGCCACUAUGGAGAAUUAAGCAAAACCAUGGUCACCCGUGUGCAGCAUGGCUGGCGUCGUAUCUAUUCUCUCUCCCUGUUUGUUGAGCACAUACUGCUUGGUGUAGAAGAAGACAAGAAGUUAAAGCCAGUGGUUCUGGAGCACACUCGACACUUGGCUCAAGUUUUGGGCAGUAACUCGGACCUCAAACUGAAACAGCCUUUCGAGGCAGUUAUCCAUGUACUCAAAGCCUGCAAAGACGGAGCAAAUGAGCGCAUUUUCAGGUUUGGCUUCCAGCCCUGUCCUGUGUGUAUGGGGGACCCUCAUGACCCUCUGAGUUUGCCUUGUGACCAUAUCUACUGCUUGGUCUGCAUCAAGCAGUGGCUAAUCCCAGGGCAGAUGUACUGCCCACUCUGCAUGCAGGGAAUAGAAGACGACUUUGAACUCAAGCCUUCAAUGACCAUUCGGACCCUGAUCAAACGGAAUGCCCAGUUCAGAAAGCAGUGCAACACCUUCUUCAUUGACCUGGUCUCCACGGUCUGCUUCAGAGAUAACUCUCCCCCCAGCAGGGCCAUCAUCCGCCAUCUGCUAUCCUUCCUUAUGGUGGAGGCAGGCUCUGUGCCCAAUGUCAGGGGUCAUGAUAGGCGUUUUUUGACCAAGGCCCUUUCUCCUUUUGAUGACUCUGUGGAUAAAAACCCUGUAGUACGCUCUGUAGUCCUGAAAUUGCUGCUGAAAUACAGCUUUGAUGAUGUGAAAGACUAUCUUCAGCAACAUCUCACAGGAGUAGAGCAAAGCAACAUCCUUGAGAAGGCUGACAAAACUGAGCUCUACUCCCUGUACAUCAACUGCCUGGAGGACUCCAUGAUUGAGCGAACCCAGUGGCAUUCUGUGGCGGAGCAGCAAGCGUGUCUGCAGGAGGAGAGCAACUUCCUGCUGGAAUUCCUGCAGUCUGGGGCUGGGGCAGCUGGUGCUGCAACCAUAGAGCACUUUCAGCAGCUGGCCAGAAUCCGCCUGUGUCUGGAUAUGGCAGCAGGUCUGGUGGUCAGUGCUGUUGCAGAUGCUCAAGAGGAGCCUCCUCAUGGACGGGCUGCGUUCUUCAACAGUGUGGUGGAUCUCUGUAAGCACAGUGGGAACGACUGGUACAGGGUGUACCUCAUCAGAAAGAUCUGCAGCCUUAAUGGAAUUGAGUACGUCCAGAGACUUCUGUGUGAAGAUCAGCUUAGGUGGCUGUUUCCUUUGGAGAUACUUCAGAUGAGUCAAGAGAGCAGCCAGAUCGAUCAGUAUCUAGUCUGUGGUGGGGAGUACAAGACUCUCCGAGAUGCAGUUGCCAAGGCUAUGCUUGAAGGGAAAAUAGAAAGAAUACAGGCCGCUUGUCAGUCCUGCAGAUGUUCACCUGUGAAGAAGACGGUGUACCUGUUAUUAGCUCUGUUCAGAGAAGUCACCUCGCUGUACAGAGCUUCCAACCCCAACAUCCAUCCUAAACCGGAGCAAUUGGCAGCACUUGAGGACUUCACCAAGAACUCUGAAGUCUUUGUCAAUCAAGAAUCCAGGGCAUUUGCCCGUGCGUUAGUGUUUAACCAGCUGAAUGCCCUGCGUGUGCGUCCUGAUGCGUCAGGUGGUGAGCAUGCAGUGGUGGAGCUCACUGUUCAUUUGGCAGCAGUGCUUCUCUGUGUAAACCAAGCAGUGUUGCGGCCUCUCCUGCAGCUUGCCCUCUACCCGGCCAAUAUGCAGAGCUCAUUCAUACCCACAAUGCCAGAUGAUGUGCUUGCUGUUGCCCAGCAGGCCCUGGGACCUCUGCAGUGGUAUUUUUGUCCCAAUAAUCAUCCAUGCACAGUUGGUGAGUGUGGUCAGCCAAUGGAGAUGAGCCGUUGUCCAGACUGCAAUGCACAGAUAGGAGGCAUAGACCACAGACCUGUUCAGGGCUUCCAGGCUAUGCAAAUACAGGGGGACCGCACUCAGACGGGGCACAUUUUGGGAGACCCACGUCGCAGGGACCAGCCAGACAUGCAGGACACAAAGAACAUGUCCCCUGCUCCAUUCACCCUGCUCAGAAUGCUCACACACAUGGCCAUGCUGUUGGGAGCCUCUAGCCACCCUCAGGACAUUGCCCCUAUCAUUAAGCCCCCCUUGGCACAGCCUGAGGUGUUCCUGAUGGCCCACUUACUGAAGGACAUGGAGCAGCUGAGCAAAGCUCUAGGGAAGGGGGCAGAUGACACAGUCUGCGCUGUUCACCUGACUGUCUCCAGCCUGCUGGAGCCCCGUCAGCCCAGCCAGUGGCCUGCUCCUUAUGAUCAUCUGCUCUCAACUAAAGAAGCCAGAAAUGGCUGGGAGAUGGCCAUGAACACGGACAUCAUCACACACCAACUGAAGGUUUUGGAGAGGCAGUUGGCGCAGGUGAACACAUUUAUCAGAGAGGACGAGAGGGUGUCAUCCAACCCUCUGAUGAAGCUGACCUUUGGGGAACCACAGCUGUUCCUGAAAUCACUGCCCCAGGGCUCUCUGAUCCAUGGCUCGACUGUGUGGAGCUGCAGGGAGCGACUCUCUCUGCUCAGCCUAGCCCAUGUUGUGGAGCAAAAUGAUGGCAAAGACACACUGCCUGUCCUUUGGAAGUUCCUACAGAGGGAGGCAGAGCUGAGGAUGGUAAAGUUUCUCCCAGACAUCCUUGCUCUCCAGAAGGAUCUGGUGAAGAAGUUCCAGAAUGUGAUGGAGAUCCCGUACAAUACCAUUGAACAAUUCCUGCAGAGCCAGAACGCAGCCUCUCUCAUGGCUUCAUAUGAGAAACAAAUCAAGAUCUUCAUAUCCACAUGGAACCAACUUAGAGUAUCACUGGCCACCAAUGGAGAAAUCAAGCUCCCUGCAGAGUACUGCCAGGAAGACCUGGACAUUAAAAGCGAUCUCCAAGUGCUGCUGCCACGGAGGCAGGGACUGGGACUCUGUUCCACUGCUCUAGUUAGCUACCUCGUGGCACUGCACAAUGAAAUAGUCUACACAGUGGAGAAGUACACUGGAGAGGAGACCAGCUACACAGUAAGUCCGGCAGACCUGACAGAGCUCCAUGUGAUCCGGUAUGAGGUGGAGAGAGACCUGCUGCCCAUUGUGCUUUCUAACUGCCAGUACAGCAUGGAGCGUGGCAGAGAGACGCUGUCCGAGUAUGACCUGCCAAAGAUCCAGCAGCAGGUCCUGACCCGUUUCUUACAGGGCAAGCCCCUCAUCACCCUCAAUGGAAUUCCAACUCUAGUGAACAGGCAAGAUAGAAAUUAUGAGAACAUUUUCAAAGACGUGAAGGCAAAGAUUCAACAAGAGCCGCUGUCUUCACUGAGCCAGUCCACACUGGCUCAAGAGCUGCAGUCUUAUAAUGAUGUGUGUGAGGCAUUGUCCACUCUGGAACUGGCCCUGGGCUUCCUGGCCAUGACAGGAGGAGAGGCGCACAUGCAGCUGGGAAAUUACCUGAAGGAAGUGCUGCAAAUGGCUGAAGACACAGCUCCACACCUCUUUAAGGCUUUGAGCAGGUGCAGUCUGAAACAUUGUUUGGCUCUGUGGCAGCUCCUUAGCUCCCUCAAAUCUGAGACAAUGCUGCGCCUCAAAAAGGACCCAUUCGUAGGAAUAGGUCGGGAGUAUAAACAAACCCUGGGACAGGAGGAGAAGACGCUGCUCACUGGCUUCUUCACAAAGACCAGCGCUGACUCCUUCCUGCUGGAAAUGCAUGAGUUCCUGCUGCUGGUCUUGAAGAACCCACAGGCUACCGACACUUACAAGCCCAAUUGGAGCUUGAAAGACACGGUGAUGCCCUACAUGGAGCGGAAGGACUUGGACGUCCCUCCAGAUGUAGAGGAGUUCUUCCCUGGAGAGGUCCUCCUAGCCCAGUGUGUUGAGGCCUGGAAGUUCUGUGUAGUUCUCAAGCAAGAGCGAAACCAAAGAUAGAAUUUGCAUCUCCAAAUUCCUAGAACUCGUUUACAGUCAAGUCAAUCAUACAACUUGUGUCAUACGAGAUGCCUUUUUUCAAAGUGCCGCUGAGGUACAGAUCGAAGUGCAAUAUUCUGUUUGAUCCAGUGUUUAAAAUGCUGCAGCAGUAUCAGUAUAAAUAUGUGAAAAUAUCAACUGAAGUGAGCUGUAAUUUGCACAAGAACAGUGCACCAGUUGAGGCAGACAGAGAAAUUUAGUCUUUUUAUUAGCUUGUUCAGACAGUCACCGAAUUGCUGGUUUGAUUAUAAUUUCUGGCUGGGAUUCGCUUGAUAUCACAAUCUUUUAUAAACAGCAAAGUUGUCUAUCAGUAAUAUAAGUAAAAAUUUAGACUCAGGGAGUCGGGAAGGUACACAGCAACAGGAACUUUAGGGCCGAAUUCAGGCUAAAAUUUGACCACUGGGACCAGACGACAUAAUCAUGGGUUACAGUGACAGAGGGGGAAUUAUACUGUGGUUGGAAGUGAAAACGCUUUGCUUUUCUUCAGUUUCGUGUGUUUUAGGAAUUAAGUGCUUACCACUUAAAUAAUGACCCUUUGCCUUACACUGAACCCUUGUACUUGCACUUUUGUCUUUUUGCCCUUAUUCAACUGUAAGCAAUGUUCUUAAGGACCAAUCUGUCUAAUGUAAUACUUAUGCAAUCAAAGUGUUUCUUAAAUAAAGCUCUUAGCAAAUCUUCAAAAA